AUGUCUUACCACCAGCAGCAAUGCAAGCAGCCCUGCCAACCUCCUCCUGUGUGCCCACCCACCAAGUGCCCAGAGCCUUGUCCUCCCCAAAAGUGCCCUGAGCCUUGUUCUCCUCCAAAGUGCCCAGAGCCUUGUCCUGUUCCCUGUCCUCCUCCCUCAUGCCAGCAGAAAUGCCCUCCGGUGCAACCUCCUCCACCAUGCCAGCAGAAGUGCCCCCCCAAGAGCAAGUGA